AUGAUUUAUACAGUAAAAACAAAAUUAUUUUCUAUUUCAGAUUGCAAAUGUGAGUGUGAUUGUGGGUGUAAAACUAUUGUAAUUGUUGGUAUCGUAUUUGGCAUAUUGGGCGCAAUAGGUCUUCUUAUUAAUGUUGUUGGAAUUCCAGCAGGAUUUUUUGGUGAGAGAACACCACUACUGGUCUCUGGUGGCAUAGGUAUUGUCUGUGAUGUAAUAAGCUUGGUAUUAAGCGCAGUUGUUAAGGAAUGUUGUGAAGGAAACUGCAAGGAUUCAGAAUGCUGCGAGGAUUCAAAAUGCUGUGAAGAUUGGAUAAAACAUUCAGCUAUAGCUUUUAUAGUGAUUCCAUGUUUAGCUAUAGUUCCAUCUGUUGUCAUAUUUAUCCUGGUUUUUUUGAAUAGAAUUGGACCUGGCAAUAAUGAUGGAAAUAUUGGAAACAAUGGGGAUCAUCAUGGGCAUGGACCCAAUUCAAGUACUGUACAUUCUGAACGUGAAGAUACACAUCGGGGAACAUUAUCUGACAGGACCAAAACGAAGGAAAAGAGACCUUUGGAAAAGUUAGCAAACAGUGACGGUGAAGUGUCAAGAAAGGAUGUUCAUGUUCAAGAAAACAGAGACAAUUUCUCUGGAAGACCAAUGCCACCAAUUCCUCUAACAGACAAGAAAGGUCGUGGAUUGUCGGCUAACUAUGAUGAUGAUCACCCAAUGAUAACCGUUGGAAUUCCUGAUAAAAGGGCAGGUGAUCUAGGGCCUUUGGAUGAAGAGCCAAGAAAGAAGAAAAAGAAAAAGAAGAAGGCAGUGAAUGAUGAUGAUGAUGAGUAAUUGAUAUUACAUUUAGAUCAGCAAAAGUAGGACAUCACAAAAUUAGAUUAUGCAGUUAUGUUGUUGCAGCAAAUGGAUUGAACAAGGAUAAACAUGUUUCCUUCCCAGAUUUUAAGGAGUAUUCAGUAAAUAUUUUGAAAUGUAAAACAAGAAGUUAAGAAUGUGUAAUUUUUAGGAAUAAAAUGAAAGAUUGAACUAUAAAAAAAGCUUGCACAUCAAAAACACAUAAAUUGUUUCGUGAAUUGUGGUUUCGUAAUAGUAAUGCUAUUCUCAUGACAACUUAGCAAAACCUGGUUAAUGAAAUUUAUGUCCUACUUAAAAAAUGUUGUUAAGGUAUGAUACCUUAAAGUGAAGGAAGGUGAUAUUGUAUUUCUAUAAAUUUAUUUUUUUAAGAUUUCAUUUCUGUCAAUCAAAAGUCUUUUUUCUCUUCUUUUUAUACAUUAUAUCUGUGAUAUUUAUAAUCCAUCCAUAUUUUGAAAUCUGAAAAAAAAGAAACUGCAUUUUACAUAUCAUUAGUAUUGAAUAUGAAUAUAAUGUAUAAUAUUUAUGUAUGAUCUUGGAAAAGUUCUAGUUUUUAUAUUAAUUUUGAUGUAUUUUCUAAUGAAAACAAUUACAUUUUUAAGAUCUAUCAGCUGGACAUAAAUCUGCCCACUUUAAUAAACCGUAAUCUCAGAUACAGAUCUAGGGAGCAAUCCUUGUAAGUGAAAAACAUGGAAAUAUUUUGGGAUGGUGGAGAAAAGGGGAUGGGAUGCUAAGAGGUAAAUGUGGCUGAACCUUUAUGAUGCAGAGGGCAAUAAGCAGGUCCAUCUAUCAAAGUCAGGGUCAUACAUAAAGGUUUAAAAUAAAAAUUAGUCCACAUUAUGUUUCCCCUCUAUGUGGAAAAGUUUUUAAAAUAACUUGACAAAGAUGAUCACAAUUAUAACACAAUUUUCAAAGUUUAUGAAUGUAGUUGCUACCCUGAAAGUCAAGGUCACUUAUUAACUGGUUAACAUUUCAUGUCCACUCCAUAGCUUAUUAACUAUAUGGAAGGUUUCAGAUGUCAUGGUACAAAUAAACACCAUUAUGAUGGUGCACAACAACUAGGUGGCUAGCCCCAAGGUCACAGUUGAAGGUCAGAUAAUAAAACAUUAUAACAGAAAUCAGACAAUAUAACAUUUAGUGCUUGCUCCAUAACUCAUUGAUUUUGGGGAAGGUUUUUAAAUAUUGUGUCACAAAUGAUCACAAUUAUGACACUGUGCACAGUGUACCCAGGCUACUAUCUCCAGUUGACAAUGUCACAUAGAGAGGUCAAAUAAUCUGGUCAACUACUUUAUGACUUAUUGAAUUAUUACUUUGGACCAAAUAAUCACUGCCAUGACCAAUGUGAUUUCUUUGUACAUAACACAUCAGCCAGGUUAUACCUCCAUGGUGAAAAGGUUCAAAAAUCCACAUUCAUGUCCACUGAAGAUAGUUAAAUUUAUUACAGAAAUUAUUUGUAAAAUAAUAAAUGAUGUAUAAUUAUGAUAAAAUGUAAAAGCAAUUUCUGUUUUAUUCUAAGAUUUUGGCGUUUGAUAGAUUGAAUUUUCUGAUUGCUAUAGAAUUGUGGGCAUUCUCAAAUAGUCUUAAAGUAUGUCUCAAAUACUAAUUUGUUUUUAAUGUACUAAAAACAUAUUCUGAGUUAGAAAAUAUUGAAAUUGAUUAAGGUGCCUUUAUCCUUAAGUGAACUGGAAAAAGAGGACAGAAGUUUUGAAAUUGUUUUUUUAAAAAAAGUACUUAUAACUUGUAAGAAAUUCUCACUUGAAAAAAAACUUAAUGUAUCGGAAUAGUGUAUUUAUAAUUAUUUAGAUGUAUAUAUUACUCCUGAAAUAGUAAGACUUUUAUUUAUGUAUUUUCAAUGUAUGUAAGAAGCUGAAUUGGACGACUGACGUUUUGUUAAUUUAUAUUUGAUUUUACCUGAUAGACUUGUUUUUCUUUUAAAGGAACUCCGCUGAGAUCAAAAAGCAUAAAAAACUUAAAAUUUUAAUUUCUUACAUAGAACAGCUGGGGCGCUUAAAAAAGAAAGAUAUGCAAAACAUUAUUGUAAUACAUAAUUUGGAAACCGCCUCCGUGGUUGAGGGGUUAGAGUCAAUGACUUCUAAUCCAGUAACCUCUCUGGCAUGGGUUCGAUCCCUGGGAGGUGCUUCGGUAGUUUAGCGCAGAGGAAGGUAGUCUAGUACUGGUGUAACUCUCCAGGAACGAUGGUUAGGAAACUACCUGCCUAUAUGACUGAAAUACUGUUGGGGGAAGGCGUAAAAUGAAACAAACAAACAAACAAAACAAAAUUUGGAAUAUAUUGAAAAUAAUAUUUUUGUGCUAUUCUUAGCCCAAAUUAACGCAACGCUUUUCAGUUUUGGGUCAUUUUUUCACAAUUACAAUUAUUCUGGAAUAUCGGAAUGAGAUAAUGAUGUAUUUGUCUAGACCUUCAUCAAAUUAAACAUUAUCUAGAAAAAUUGAUUCCAGUCUCGUCAUGUUUAAAAAAAAAUCUCAGUCGAGUCCAUUUAAUUUUUACAGAAACUCAUAAGUUCUAAAAUCAUAAUUAUAAUUAAGCCUAAGUGACCAACGGUGUAUGUACUAGCUUCUAACUGGAGUUUUUACAAACUAGGCUUAUUCUGUAAGGUUGACAGAUAGUUGCUAUUUUAAUAUAAACUUUUGUAUUAUCAUAAUUUGAUAUGGAUUAUAAGCUAGAUGUUAAUAAUAAUGUAAAACUUAUUCUACUAGAUUUAACUUAUCAGAAAUGGAAAUCAACAAAAUGAUGAAAUUCGUAUUUGAAAAAUUCAUAUAUAUCAAUAAAACUUGCACAAGUGUAUAGAGUUAUGUCAAGUCAUACUUAUUUUAUCUGUUAACAGUAUUGAUUGAAUUGUAGUUAUGGUAAACCUAUCUUAAAGCACAGAUCUGUUGAAGAAUGAAUGCUAUUUAACAUAUUUGAUAUAUCUUAUUUAAUGACUGACUGUUUUUGUAUGAAUUUUGCACUAUUUUAGACUAGGGUUACACAUUAUUUUACUAUAAUGUAUUGUCAUAUUUUAUACCUCUAUUAUCUUGAGACAGUAUCAAAUUUCCGGCCUACGUGUAUUAUGUUUACUUGUUAUUCUUUUUAUGCUCAAGGACAUAAAUGCAGCUAUUUGUAUAUAUGGUUGUUAGUAUUAACAUGUUAACAAUUAACUUUUGUGUACACUUUAGUCAGUCUUGACUACUUUAAUACGUUUUAUAGUGGUGUGGUAUUUCUACAUGAUACAGGCUGUAUUUAAAUCAGGAAGUACAAAUGUAUUGGGUAGCUAAUUAUAUCGUAAAUGAUCUGUUCUCCUAAAAGUAAUCGCAAGAUUUUAUUACAACUUUUUGUCCAAGGGAAACUAUCCUAAGUUCUUCAGUAUAAGGUAUACAGUUAGACUAGUUUCAACGUAAAUGAUCAUUUGUGAAUAAAUUAUAUGUUGGUUUUAACGUCAGUUUUAUUCUUACCAUCUCAGUUAUCAGUAUAUAGUUACUUUAGAUAAAAGGCAAAUAUACAGUCCUGUUUAAAAUUGUUACCUUAAAUAUUGAUAGCCUUCAUUUAUUUAAAAUCAAUUACAGAUAAGCCUAUUGAAAAUGUUAUGGUAUAAAAUAUGAAGUAUUAUAUUAAAUGGGGCUUUGUUUUGUUCAAUUCAGAUUACAAUAGUUUCUUUGUUAAAGGGUAAGGCUGUUGAUAGAUUUUGUAUAUAUUUAAUGUUGUACAGUAGUUUGUAUAUAUUUUGCAUUUUAUUUCUCGAGAUGUCAGCAUUAACCUGAUUAAACUACCUGUUACAUCUGUAGUACAACAUUGAUGAAAUGUGGAAAGUGAUAUUAUGAGAUUUUACCUGAAACUAAGAGUUUUUUUACAUAGAUAUAUUACAAUUGGUAAUUGGAGAACCACACCUGGGCAGGUAAAAUAACUGGUAACCAAUGGCUAUAAAAUCAAGUGUUUUGUCAAUACAUGAUGUACUUUAAAAUCCAGACAUUAUUGAUUAGAGAUGACACAAGUGGCUAAAAAUAAACUUUCCUUGUGAAUAAUUGGAAAACCAACAUAUGGCGUGAUUCUGACAAUGUUCUAUAUAUAUAUAGAAUUCCAAGCAGGCAUCAUACAUUGUUAAACUUUAUAUAUACCAUAUAGUAUAUACAGUAUGAAAUGUUGUUAGGUUAUUAGUAUGCAAUAGUUACCAUAUGAUAUACAAGAUUUAUUAUUUAUACAGAGAAAAUGAGAAAUUUUAUAUUAUAAACCUAGUUAUAGUAACUAUUUGUGUAUGUAUAUAUUACAUGUUGCUGCAUUUGAUGUUUUUAUACUAUAAAUAUGAACUUUAUGCUUAUUUUAUACAUGUCACAAGUGCUUUAUUAUUCCCAUUCAUAUUUAACUUUUAUAUUUUGUAAUAUUUUUUUCUCUGAUAUAGCAUGAUAACUUAAAUUGUUAUGGCCGACUUUAAAAAAUAUUUUGUCACUUUCAACCUUGGAUAUUUGGGUUGGGUAGAUGAGUGAGAAAAUUUUUUUAUUUCAUUAAAAAAAAUCGGCCAGACACACCUAUAUACUUAUAAUUUUGGUGAUAUUGCAUAAAUAAAAUUUAUCACUGGGUUCGAUUUAGGAUUAUGGAAAAUCCCAACCCGAGGGUGACGGAUUCCUCCAGGUACGAGCCUUUGCGCAAACUCUACAUCAUUCUAGGCAAUUGUGAAAGUUAAUGUAGGAUAAAAUGUUGGUUGUUACAAUUUCAUGUAUAGGCCUACUGAAAUAAAAUCUGUUGUGCCAUAAUUUAUAAAGAUUUUUAUACUUAUAUUUUCUUAUCUUAUAAUAGUUUGUUAUGACUUUUACUUUUAUUGUUUAGUAUUUUAUAAGUAUGAAGCUGUUGUUUUUUUUAUAUUUUCUUUUUCUAUAACCAAAUACUUGCCUUCUUAAAGAGUGAAAACAGGCACAUAGCUGACUAUAAUAUGUAUAUAUACUAAUGUGUUUUGACAAUAUUGAUAAUUUAGGAAUGUAUAAUCAUGAAACUACAAAAUAAAGAAAAUAAUCAAGGGAAAUUGUAUUUCAAAGAGACCUGAAAAUUAGCAUUACUGAAGUUAAUGGUAGGAUAUUAAGAGGUAGGGGUAGUGAGUGGUUGGGGGCAGGGGUGGAGUUUGGAAGGUUCCAUCAAAGAUUAUUAAUUCAAUUGAACCAUGUUAUCUUUGAUGAUUAUUUAAAUUUUAUUACAUUAAUUACGUACAUUUUAAGAUAUCAAAUUGACUGAUGGUUACUAUCGAUAAGACUUGCAUAUUAACAUUACUUCAAAAUUUAACUCAGAAAUUCAUUGAUAAUGCAGGUAGUAGUUCAGGGGUGGGGGGCAUUUGUCAAUGACAGGAUGCUAAAUUGAGCUUAUCAACAAUUUUCCUUACAAGUUAUUCUUUUAUUUCAAGUUUCACAAUACAUAGGUGACAGAUUGGGAAGGUCUUGAUAUUAUCACAGAUUGAAAAAAAAAAAAGUCCUGCAUAAUAAUAACGAAUACAUCAGUUAUCAACUCUUUGUCUGCCCUGUGCAUAAUGAUUAGUAAAAUCUGCUAUGUGCCUUAAUUAUUUACAAAGCUUAUAUGUAUAUUGAAUGUGGUAUAAAAUUUUACAAAGUAUAUUGUAUUUACAGUUAAGAAUCUUAUUUGAAAGUUUAAUGAUAAUAUUUGACUGAGGUUGUCCAUCACAAACUUUGGUGACUUUUAUCAAAAUGACUCUGAAAAAUAGGAAAUUAUAAUAUUUUAAGGGGGAAAGCCCCCUUAUCAGAAUGUAGGGGCGGGGGUUGUUGUGUUUUCUUUCUGGGGGUAACUGACACAGGUUCCAAUGUACACAUAAGGGAGAAGAUCUUGCUAUGAUUUGGUAGAUAUAUAACUUAUAAUUCCUAGUACAUGCCUUCAAAUUACAGGCAAGCAAACAGAUCUUUAAAGGUACUAGUAUGCAAGCUUGUGGUGGACACCUUUACCUUUUAUAUAAUUUAUAGUUAGUGUUUAUUUGACUUUUUGGUAUACCUGUAUUGCACUAAUACUUGCUUUGAAUGAGUGUGUGGUGAAUAAAAAUAUCUCUAAAUUA